GCUCACAGCAGAGAUGAGCAGAUAACAUGAAAAAAAAAUGGAUCCUAUUGUGAUCGACUAAUCCUGGAACUGGACCUGAAACUCACGUGAAACCGACUUAAGGGCAGCUGAGUGCAGUAGCGGAAUGCGAGUGUAUAAACAACCCCUCAACGAUAGAUAUCUCUAAAAGCGAUUGCUAAUUUUUUCUCGUAUCAGUUGUGUAAAUAUAAUUUCUCUAUUUUUUUUUGUACAUGUAAUUAUUGUAUGAAGCAUUUAUUGACAUUAUUGCAAUUUGAGAUCAAGUGAUUAAUGUAUGAAAUUAUUACUUUCCUAUUUCGCGGUAACCGUAGUUGACUAACCUCAAAAACGUCAGUUUUGUAGCGGGAAUAAUACGUUGUUUAAAUAACAAGAGCCGAUAAUUUGAAAAUCAUGACUACGCAAAGGGCACUACCGCAGAGUAAAGAAGCUCUUUUGAAAUCUUAUACUACGAGACUGAAAGACGAUGUGAAAUCUAUGUUGGAAAAUUUUGAAGAAAUAGUCAAGUUAGCUAAAGGGGAGAAUGAUAGUCAGUUAUCCCGAAUGACCCAAUGUGAGCAGGAUACGUACGAAAUGCACGUGCGAGCAGCAAAUAUUGUUCGUGCAGGAGAGUCUCUGAUGAAACUGGUAUCCGAUAUUAAGCAAUAUCUGAUUUUAAAUGAUUUCCCGUCAGUGAACGAAGCAAUAGCACAAAAUAGCAAGCUAUUCAGAACAAAGCAAGCAGAGUGUGAUCAGAAGUUGGCUUCCUUGAGGGAUGACAUGGCUGCAGAUCUUUAUGAUUUGGAAGAAGAAUAUUAUACCUCUAUAUAUAAAUAAUUUGAAUCAGAAAUAUCUUAAUAAUUUCAUAAAACUACACGAAUGACUGUUUUUGAAUGGGAACAUGCUGUUGGCUAACUAAAUAUAAGUGCACUGUACAUACUUAUUUAAAUAGAAUUGAUUUUUCUAAUUA